AAAAUAUUGAAUCACUGCUUUAUUCAUAAUACAUUGUGUGCAAUCAACAAUUUGUUACACUUUGACAGAUGUUUUGAGAACCACUUAACGUGAGUUAAUGAACGACCCAAGACAAAUCAAAGUGAGUAUUGUGGAUCGUCAUAUUUAUGUAAAUGCUAGAAGUCCAUAUCGAAGUAAUUUACUUACAAAAGGAACCGUAUAAGUGUAUCGUUUACGAACAUACGUUUACUUUGAAGUCAAGUAUGAGGAUACAUCAAAUAAACAAACACAGGGUCGUAGACGAAAGCGAAUUAUCUUCAAACUAUUGUACAUUAUGCAAAAUGUCCUUUAAAAAGCCUUCGUCUUUGGCUAAGCAUCUGGAAAUGAAAAGGUGCGUGCCAACACCUAGGGUAGAACGCCAAGGACACUUUGUUUGUGACCUGUGCGGUAAAGAGUUUCGUUUCUACAAAACCUUCAAUCUGCACCAAAGGGAUCACGCAGGAGACAAGCCAUAUAAAUGUUCCUACUGCCCGAAAUCUUUUGUUAUUAAUUCUAAGAGGCUUGCUCACGAAGUUUCCCACACGGAUGCCAGGCCAUAUUUCUGCGAGACUUGCGGACAGAGUUACAAAACCUGGAAGCAUCUUAGGCGACAUCUAGUCGUUCACAAUUCAAGCGUACUCACAUUUACGUGUCAUUUUUGUGAUAGAGAAUUUUCGACUAAAGACACCUUAAGAGCACACGUGAGGCUGUGUUCGAAAAAGUACUUAGUUCCUUAUAAUAUUAAUAAUUAA